UUGUGCGUGUAGGUAUAAAUUAUAAUAGAUGGCUGAUCUUUUGGGUAGAGUUGGAUUCGAAUAUAAUCAUCACUUGUAUUUGGACUAUGGAUUAUGUUCAGAUGAGCAUGGAUACAGAUUGUACGCUGGAACUUGUAAUUUCAUCUUUGAAAUUAGAACUAAUUUCAUCCUCAAGAAGAAGAAGACGACGAUAAUUAGACCACCACAAAUACAUGGCGAAGACGAGGACGAGAUUUUGGACUCAGACGAGGACGAUGACGAUGACGAGAUUUUGGACUCAGAGAAGUUGGGGGUAUGCAUUACAAAUGACGAGAAAGAAUCAUUGCCUUUGGCUUUUUUCAUUUGUUACAGGCUGGGGGACUACUGGAUGACAAAAGAAGAAAUACUUGCACUAGAUAGCGAUGCCGUUAGUUUUGCAAGACAGAUGAAGGCGGCGGCACAUCCACAACUGACCAACCAGCUGGUAAUUCCCGUAGUUGUGGGGAUUAACGUUUGCACAGUUCAACAAGAGGGUGAGACGAUUGAGGCUGCAAGGGGAAGGGCAAUUAGGUCAAAACACUUGGUCCCGGUUUAUCUGUGGGAACUUGACUGUUUUAGAUUCAAUCAGUGCAGGCCUGUUAGGCUUAUGAGUUUUCUUAGGCAACUGCCCAGAAUCAGAGUAGUCAACGUUGACGACGACGAGGAGGAUUUUGUCUGCUCGAUAUGUUCCAAGCGUCCGUGGUUUGGAGUUCAGAAAACGAGCCUUCCUUGCUGCGGAGAAACUUUUCAUUCCCACUGUCUUGUUCCAUGGCUCGAACACAACCACCUCUGUCCCUCGUGCGCGUCUCCUGCCUAUGAUCCGGAUUACAUGCACUUUUUGUAGUUUUUAACUCUUGUUACUAUUUAACCAACUUCUAUUGUUUUUUUUUCUUUCUUUCUUUUCCCUCUUAAUCUUAUUUGUUUUUUUUUUUCUUUU